GACAUUAUAGCUGAUAAAAUUAUUAAGACAUCUACGAAUUGGACGACUGCAAUCUUUUAAGGAGGUUCUACAGAUAGUGUAUAAGAAUGUGUAUAAGAAAAGUUGAAAAUAUUACUAACCUCACGUAACCUUUUAUCUGCCAAUGAUUUUUGGGCAUUUUCCAUUCGAAGAACAACUUUCUUUUUAGCGAAUUUUCCUCUUUUGACACCACGCAAGAUUCUAUCCUUAUUUCUCCAAGAAUUGGUCGGGCUUGGGGGAGUCAUUAUAAAUUUAUAACACAGUCACUGACUAGAAAAGGACCACGGUCAUAUGAGCAGAACAGCGAGACCAAGCGAGACUCAAGUUCGCGACGUUAGUGACGUUACCACAUUUUCAUGUAUAAGCCGGAGUCAAAGGAGCGCUUAUAUGAUAUUUUUAAUUAUUCCUCCCUUCGACUAAUAUGGAUAUAAUAUAAGCUCUAACGUCAUUAAAAUUCAUGAAAAUAUUUUAUGAAUACUUAGAAUUGAUAAAUUUGAAGAUUUUCUCUUCAUGUAGAACCUCCUUAAUUUAAUAAAAGAUGCAGAUUUUGAUCAUGGACAAUGUACUGCAGGAGGCAGUGCCGUGAGAAGAUGGAUGGUGAUGACCGGAUUCUUCUUCCUCGGAUGUGCCUUGGUGGCCGGCGUGGGACUGCCUCUCGCCUUGGAACUUCGAAGUUCUCAUCUGCUAGAAGCUAGGUUGCAGGUGGUCCGGAGAAUGCUCUCAGAGAUUCCACUGAUCGAUGGACACAACGACUUCGCCUGGAACCUGCGCAAGCACCGCGGCAGCACGAAGCUGGAUAACUUCCCCUUCGACGAGGACCUGUCGCGCAACAGCAGCUGGGGCCCGCAGUGGCAGACCGACCUGAUCCGCCUGCAGCAGGGAAUCGUCGGGGCGCAAUUCUGGUCGGCCUACGUGCCGUGCGAGGCCCAGUUCCUCGACGCCGUGCAGCUCACCCUCGAGCAGAUCGACAUCGUGCGCCGGCUCACGUCGCGCUACCCCAAGCGCGUCCGGCUGGUGACGACGAGCGGCGAGCUGGAGAACGCGCACCGGGACGGGGUGAUCGCCAGCCUGGUAGGGAUAGAGGGUGGCCACAGCAUCGGCACCUCCAUGGCGGUGCUGAGGAGCUUCCACCGGUUGGGCGCGCGCUACAUGACCCUGACCCACAAGUGCAACACGCCGUGGGCGGACUCGUGCUCUGUAGAUGAUCCGAACUCGGACGCGCCCUCCGAUUUUCACAGCGAUGGCCUCUCGCCGUUUGGCAAAGCGGUUGUCCGGGAGCUGAAUCGACUCGGUAUGCUCGUGGAUCUCUCUCACGUUUCGGUGAGGACGAUGAGGGACGCCCUCGCCGUGACAAAGGCGCCCGUUAUAUUCUCGCACAGCGCUGCCAAGGCUCUCUGCAACUCCUCGAGCAAUGUCCCAGAUGAUGUGCUGCGGAAUUUGUCCCUCAACGGCGGUCUGGUUAUGGUCAGUUUCGACAGCGCGCACUUGAGCUGCAGCGAUAAGGCCUCCAUGUACGAUAUCAUAGCUCACAUCAAUCAUAUCAGACGAACAGCUGGUGUGAACCACGUGGGCCUCGGUGCGGGCUACGACGGGAUAUUGAGGCCGCCGACGGAAUUGCCAGACGUAUCUGGCUACCCCUUGCUGCUGGCCGAGCUGACCAGAGACCGUAGAUGGUCCGCGACCGAUAUAAAGAAGCUUGUGGGCGGAAAUUUGUUGCGCGUCCUCAAGGAGGUGGAGGAUUACGCGGCGACUCUGUCGCAUCAGUUUCCAGCGGAGGAGUGGAUUCCUCAGGAACUCAUCGAGGACAGCGCCUACUGCAGAUACCACGACACGUAGGGUCGUCUCUCUUUCUCACCCGUUUCCGUCAUCGACAUUGUCAUUUGAUUUCUAUGAGGUAUCUCUCACUUAAUAAAAAAACGCACCGUGUCAUCUUUGUACCUGGAGCGCUGUUUUACAUUUUUAAUAAAGUAGCGGUGGACUAUC